AGCCACCAACUCGUCGUUGGCCAGAGAAGUGGAGCCGCCAGCUGGCCAGAGCGAGCAUUCGGCUCGCAUAGCCGCACACUGCCACGCCCCGUUCCAAGCUGAGCGCAUCCAAUACUGGCUAAGAUUUAAAAAUGAAGAGAAAAACUAUGAGUAUGCAUAGUUUUUAUGCAAGCAGUUCAAUUACCCCUCCCCAAAGGCCUGCUCCUCCCCCUACCGAUGUCGAACCUGAACUUGAACCAACUAAUGUGACUGCAAAUCCCCUCCCCUUAAUUGUUGUGGGCACAAUCCCUCCUCCUGAACGCCCAAAUGAAUCCCCAAAUGUUGAGAUGAAUCAUACCACAAUUGAUGAGAGUACAAACCAACCAAGGCAACCUAUACCAGAAUUUCAUCCAAGUCAAAUUAUUUCAGAUCCAGGACUUCGAAUACCAAUAGAAGAUUAUGCUCCUGAAAUUAGAAGUGAUGUGAGACGAGCUUAUUUGUUGAAAGGGAGAAACAAAGCUAUUGGGCAUAAUUUUGAAAAGACAAAGGAUGGUAGAAUUUGGAGAUCCUUUCAACCUGCGUGGUUUGAUACGUAUGAUUGGUUGGAAUAUAGUGUGGAAAAGGAGGCCGCUUUUUGCUUCCAUUGCUUUCUUUUCAAGAAACCAUCACAAGCCAUUAGAUUUGGAAAUGAUGUUUUCACAAAAGAUGGUUACACUCGUUGGAAAACAGCCCUAAGUAAUUUCAGGAAGCAUGUUGGUGGUCCAUCUAGUUACCACAACAUUGCUAAGGGAGAUUGUGAUGAUUUCAACAAUCAGAGAGCAAGUGUGGCUACCCAAUUCCGUGUGUACAGCAAGGAGUCUGAGAUAUCUUAUAAAAUCCGCCUAACUGCAUCAUUGGAUUGUGCAAGGUAUCUCAUAGCACAAGGUGAAGCUUUUCGUGGGCAUGACGAAUCCUCCACUUCCAUCAACAAGGGCAAUUUCAGAGAGUUAUUGGACUGGUAUAAGGACAAGAAAGAAGAUGUGAAGGAGGCAUUUGAUAAGGGGCCAGGAAACGCACAAAUGAUUUGUUCCGACAUCCAGAAGGACCUUGCUACAGCUUGUGCAAUGGAGGUAACCAAAGUUAUUAAGAAUGACAUUGGAGAUAAGAAUUUCUCAAUACUUAUUGAUGAAGCUAGAGAUUGCUCAAUAAAGGAGCAAAUGGCGGUGAUUGUCAGAUUUCUAGAUGAUCAUGGAGUGCUUCAAGAGCGAUUUCUUGCAAUUAAGCACAUCACAGAUUGUACAUCUGCUGGAAUUAAAAAAGCUUUGGUUGAUGUGUUGGAAUAUCAUGGUUUGUCAACUUCUAGGCUACGUGGUCAGGGUUAUGAUGGUGCUUCCAAUAUGAGAGGGGAAUUCAACGGUUUGCAAAAACUGGUUAGAGAUGAAGCUCCGUAUGCAUUUUAUGUUCAUUGCUUUGCUCACCAGUUACAGUUGGUGGUUGUCAAUGUGGCUCAAUGUAGUCCUGCUAUUGCUGAUUUCUUCAACUAUAUUCCGUUGAUAGUUACUCAAGUGUGUUCAUCUUGCAAAAGGAAGGAUGCAUUACUUGCCAAACAUCAAGAUGAGUUGUUAGAUUUGAUGGAGAAUGGAAAGAUCACAGCCGGAACCGGGCUGCAUCAAGAAUCUAACAUAACAAGGCCAGGAGAUACUCGUUGGGGCUCACAUCUCAAAACUUUGCUUCGUAUAUUCACAAUGUGGAAUGCUGUGGUGGAGGUGCUAGGAAUUGUUGUGGUUGAUGCCCGAGAACACACAUGUCAAGGUGGAGCUAGAGGUUUGCUUAAAAACAUGGAAUGCUUUGAAUUUGUGUUCAUCAUGUUGUUCUUAAUAAACUUGUUGAGCAACACAAAUCAUCUAUCCCAAGCUUUGCAAAGAAAGAAUCAAAACAUUGUUGAAGCCAUGCGUUUGAUCUUGGAUGUGAAAGAAAGCUUGCAGAGCAUGAGGGACAAUGGGUGGGAGUCUUUAUUCUGCCAAGCCAAGAACUUUUGUGAAACACAUGGUAUUGAUGUGCCAAACAUGGAUGAUCUUGUUGGAGCUAUGGGUCAAUCUGUUCGCACUAAGAAUAAGGUGACUCGACUUCAUUAUUACAAGGUUAGCAUAUUCAAUGUUGCCAUUGAUGCAACUAUCACUGAGAUGAAUCACCGAUUCAAUGAAGUUUCCACCGAGUUAUUGGAUUGUAUGUCUUGUCUUAAUCCAGCAAACAACUUCUCAAAGUUUAACGUUGACAAACUUAUUUGGCUUGCUGAAAUUUAUGAUGAGGACUUCACAGAAGCUGAUCGGUUAAUGCUAGGAGUAGACCUCCCAAGAUUUCUUAUGAACAUUAGGAGAAGUGAGGAGUUUAAUGGAUGUCGGGAUGUGUCCACACUUGCUCGGUUGAUGGUUGAAACAAUGAAACACACAUCUUUCCAGUUGGUAUAUCGCCUCAUUGAGUUGACACUUAUUCUUCCUGUGGCCACUUCAUCCGUUGAGAGAAUAUUUUCAGCAAUGAAGAUAAUCAAGACAGAUUUGCGCAACAAACUAUCAGAUGAUUGGCUAAAUGAUUUGAUGGUGUGCUACUGCGAGAAAGAGAUAUUUAGAAGCAUUCCUGAUGACCAAAUCAUGAUACAAUUCCAGAAAAUGAGGGAUCGGAAAGGACAUUUGCCACAUGAGUUUCAUGUGAUUUCUUAGAGAUGGCUUGUAGGAGGUGCCUUACGCAUACAUUUCUAUAUUUUGGUGUGAAGGUGUUCUAUAACUACAGUACUAGUUAGUAAGAGCAACAUUUCAUUGUCCUUUUGUUGUUACUUCUCUUGUACUUUGAUACCUUGUGUAUGAAUUGUAUUAACAUUUCUAGUAUGGUUAAACAUGUUA